GUGCCACACACUAAAAAAUACCAAACGCGUUUUAAAAUUGAGCGCAUUCUACGACGCAAGCACCCAAUGUUUUAAAUUAAAUAAUAAAUGUAACUACAUGGAAAACACGUCGACUAUGAGCAAAAGACGCUCGUUAACGCUGAGCAGUCGGUUACUGCAGAAGCGACACAGUGCCUCGCCACAAAAUCGCGUUCGCGCCAGCGCAACACAGGAUGUGGCAAGAGAUGGGGAUACACCACGUUCACCUACAGUAAACAUUGUAGAGAAUGUGGAGAGCACGCCACCCAACAAGAAGAUGCACAGUCUGGACGACAGCUUGGACUUCUCGCCACACAAUAACUUAUCUCCGAGCUGUUUGUUUUCCCAGACGCUCGUCACGGGCAGCCCGGAAGUCAGCUGGCGUUGGAAUUGCGAUGGCAAUGGGCGUGGCGACAAGGUGAACACAACCUCGGACAGCGGCUUUGAUUCGGAGGAGUUUGGCCCGGGUGCCCUUAAGCAGAUAGAUCGACGGAAACAGGUGCGGGUGGACGCGGCAAAUGAGCAUCGUCGCAAGCAACUGGACAACAAACAGUGGCGUGCACAGCAAAUACGUGAUCAUGAACUGCUGCGGGAACGAUGCGACAAAUUGCACAGGCAGUUGGACCAACAGUUGGCAGCACCUCCGUCGACUGCACUCGAACCCGAACCCUACUCAUCAUCCAAAGUAGCCGCAGUUGCUGCGGAUCCUGCCUUGGCAGACUUUCUUAACGACUCGGAUACGGAUUGCUUUCUGCUGGAGGCCUCACAGCAGCUGGAGUCUGACUUGGCGCCGAAGCAAGCGUUGAAGCAGGCGUCUGUAUCCACCACACCCACCAGUCACCACAAGAGCCACAAGGAAAAACGCUCCUCGUUCUACAUGAAGUUCCUAGAGGAUGAAAGUGAAACUGAGGAUUGGUUUGUCGCCCUUGACGAGGCCAUGCUAGAGGCUACGCAGCCUAAGAAGCCGCGCACCUCACUGCAACGCUACAAAUCAAUGCCGAGCAACACGGCAUCCGAUGCCACCAUUAGUAAUAUCAUUGUCAGUAGCAGCCUUACCACGAAGCCCUCAUGCUCCACCUCCUCAGCUGUCAGUGGCAGCGGCAAGGCGGGCAAGGCGGACACGCCGGGCUUCAAACGUCAUGCCAGUUCCCACGCCUUAUCUCCGGCCACAUCAAGCGUGCGUGGCAAUCUUUUUGGCAGGCGGAAGUAAUGCGUUCGAGAAUGCGUUUACGCCCACACUGACAAGUUCCCACAACUUCCCAUCUCCAUCUACGAGCACCGCAUGUGAUGCGCAAAAAGUUGAGUUUCUCCGAGUUUCGUUCGUCUUGUUGCUUCUCGUUGAUUUCUUAAUCGUUGAGCUUAUAGUAUCACUCCAAAGUAUACGAUAAUUAUAUCCUUACAGCUCUUAAUUAAAAAUUAAUUGUAAUUUAAAGUUGGUCCUGCCAUUUCGCUAAUUGCAUUAUUUACGGCUCGCCAUAUGCUCAUUAUUAGCGAUUUGGAAAGGAGCUUCCUUCAACUGAUAAACUAUUCAGUUGAAAGCGGAAAUGGCUGUCUGUUUGUCAUCUACCUCCCCAUUGACGGCUGAUAAGCGCGGAUAAUUGAAAGCCUAAUCCAAUUAAUAAUUAAUAUACGAGCUUAAAUAUCCUA